AUGGCGGUCGUGAACGAAAACAACACGACAAAUUUAGAAGACCCUUGUUUCGGUGUUGAGCCUUCACCUGGAAAAGAAAAUGCAGAUUUCAAAGAUGUAGAAAUAUUGCCAAUAGAAGACGAAGACCGAAAGACAAUUAUAGGCCACUUAUAUUCAAUCGAAAGUAGAGUCGAGAAGCUUCGAGAACAUGCACUUGAAAUGGAACAAGAAAAAUGUGUACUACUGCAGGAGUUACAGCGAGUGCAGGAUAACGAUAACAAUAUUGAAUUCACUGAAGAUGAGCGAGAUGAAAUUGAUGCCCUAGCAGAAAGACUAGUGUGUCGUUGUCUGACAGUUGAGAUAGCUGUGACAACACCCAGGAAUGAGUCGCAGGAGAAUGCCCUGAAGUGUGUCAAUGAGCAGUUGCAGCAGCUGGAAGAUUUAUGUGCAUGUUCAGUUGAGAAGGCAGUCAUGAAAACUAAAACUUACCUAAAUGCUUGUCUGGCAGAACCGAUGGGGUCUAUUGACCAGAGAUUCCAAGGCUCCAUAUUAGGAUGUACAGUUGAUGAUCAGAAGAAAGUAAAAUGUAGACUACAAACAUUACUACAGGAACUGAGUAGUAAAAGUGAUAAAGUAUUAUAAUGAACUGACUAUUUAUGUAGAUAGAUUAGAACAAUAUCAUUACAUUUACAUUGUCAUUCAUUGUUAAAGUAUUAAGUUUAAAUGGAGUUAUUCCUUCUUGUUCAGUAUUUUAAUGGUUAUGCCUUUCAAUAAUGUUAUCGGACGUGACAUUACUCUAUUGAUCAUUUGUCACAUUUACUAACUUCAUUUGAUUGUGAAUGAAUGGUUGUGUGUUACAAAUAGUUAAACUGCUUCUUAAUUCAUAAUGUACUAUCAUGUGAACAAAAUGAAGCCUUCUGAUUUACUUAAAAAAAUGUUUAUAUUUGCUCAAAUUGCUACUCAACAGUUUGUUUGUCCAUGAAUUGAAUGAUAUUAACUAAUAUUUGUUUCUUCCAUAUUAAUACAUUUUGUAUUAGAACUUCUGCAUAGUACAAUCUACUUUUUAUCACAAUAGCAUGUGUACAAUGUAGACAAAUUAUAAACAACUCUGUUAAUUACACUAUAUUCCAUAUCUAUGGCUUACUGAUGUGGGAGAUUGGGCUCCAUUCAGAAUGAUCUACUUUACUACAAAUUGGAAAAUUACAGGAUUGAGAAAUGAAGGAUGUUAUGUUAAAUCUUAUUUUCGUGAAUAUAAAUGCUAUGAAUGAUAGAUAAAUAGCUGAAUGUAUAUUCUUAUAAAAAGUGACUUGUUACUUACCUUAAUCGGCCUAAUAAGCACACUUCAAAAAUGUAAAAAGGGCUGUACAAGACUUCCUCAUAUAGAUGUAGUUAAUACAGGUCAGAACCAUCAGUACAAAAGUAAGAUGUUGCUUCAAUGACAGAACCAUCAAUUCACUAUUUAAACUUAAAAAGUUGAUGUAGGUAAGAACCAUCAGCUCAGUAGUAACAAUUACACAUCCUGUUUCUCUUUGUUUUCAUUAUCAAAUUAGUAAAAAAGAUUUCCUUAUAGUCAACAUAUGCUGAUAAAAUCUAUUUAUCUCAGGCUUACUUUCUCAUUCCCUGCUUUGAAUCAAGUGAUAUUUUUAUACAGAAUAUCAGGCCUUGACUGGGAUAGAGGUUACACAUUAAGUGGUGGUGGUGGUAAAUAGUAUUGUAUUUAUCUAGUUAUGUUUUUCAAUCAAAAUUUACUAAAAAAAGAACACAAGCUUUACCUGGUACUUUCUGCUCCUGUGAUUCUUAUAAUUUCUAUCCCUACAGCUUUCUGUUUAUUUUCUCCUCCAGCAGCUCUCUGUUUAUUUUCAACUCCAACAGCUCUCUGUUUAUUUUCAACUCCAACAGCUCUCUGUUUAUUUUCAACUCCAACAGCUUUCUGUUUAUUUUCUCCUCCAACAGCUCUGUUUAUUUUCUUCCCCUACAGCUUUAAUCCUACAGCUGUUUAAUCCUACAGCUCUGUGUUUAAUCCUAUAGCUUGGUGUUUAAUCCUAUAGCUCUGUGUUUAAUCCUACAGCUCUGUGUUUAAUCUUGCAGCUCUCUGUUUAUUUCCUGUCCCUUAAGUUCUCUCUUUAAUCCUAUAGCUCUCUAUUUACUUUCUGUCCCUACAACUGUGUUUAAUCCUGCAUCUCUGUGUUUAAUCCUACAGCUCUGUGUUUAAUUCUGCAUCUCUGUGUUUAAUCCUACACCUCUGUGUUUAAUCCUAUAGAUCUGUGUUUAAUUCUGCAUCUCUGUGUUUAAUCCUACACCUCUGUGUUUAAUCCUACAGCUCUGUGUUUAAUUCUGCAUCUCUGUUUUUAAUCCUACACCUUUGUGUUUAAUUCUACAUCUCUGUGUUUAAUCCUACAGCUCUGUGUUUAAUUCUGCAUCUCUGUGUUUAAUUCUACACCUCUGUGUUUAAUCCUAUAGAUCUGUGUUUAAUUCUGCAUCUCUGUGUUUAAUCCUACAGCUCUGUGUUUAAUCCUGCAGCUCUGUCUGUUUUCUGUCCUUGCUACUUUUGAUGUACGUGAUGUUUUUCGACCCCUGUUAACAUGUAUUUUAUCAGCUGGACAAUAAACUAAAAGGUUUAUAGGUUAGAUAUUGGUUAAAUCUCAAAAUGUUUAACAUUAUUUGUGUUAUUGAAUAAAACAAUUUAAGAGACAGUAUCCUUUACAGAUUGUUUUUCAUGCUGAGACAUCACUCACACCUAGGAAAGAUUUGUACAGGUGUGUUGGCAUUGUUCUUCAGGAAUUUCUACUCUAUCCUUCAUGGUUGAAUGGAUAAACUUUCAA